AUCUUCUGUAAAUUUGUUUUGUCCUCUAGGGCCACCUUAGUUUACAGUUCUGCUUCAUUCGUCCCUGUACAACCGCCUGAUAUCAGUAAACACACAUUUGUUAAAAUGCUAUUUUGUGGAGAGAUGUAUAUUACAAAAACGCCCUCUAAAGACCGUUUAACAUACAAAGUAUGAAGAAGUCGCUGCCCGACAGGCAAAACCCAGGGUACCACUUUUCCCUCAUGUCGUUGUGUCACUGGCUACGGAAGUGAAACGUUAUAACACACAUGCUGUGUAAUUUUGACUUUGAACAGGGAUUUUAAUGACACUAUUCUAUUUGUGUCAGAUAAACAAAGUUUGAAUCUCUUUAAACUACAUAAAUGAAGCUACGAAUCCAAUUAGCAGGGGUAAUAUGGGGUUGCCAAUCAAUUAAGGUGAUUGUUUCUCCAUCCACGUGAAUACCGUGUUAGCAAUCUGAACUUAGCAGCUGGUAGCUAACUUCAGUGUAGUGGUGCACCAGCUGGAUGUCACUGGGAAUCUGUGAGUGGAGUUUUUUUGCGAGAUGAAACCCGAGGUCCCAAUGUUGCAUCUAUCCUGCAGUUCUUUCAUUUUGGAUGUGAUCUCAUCUGCCUGAGGGGGCCUGUUUGAUCGAUAAUAAGGUGGAUAGUGGAUGGAGGAAUGUUUCGGCUCCGGUGUGUGAAUUCCUCCCUUCGGAGGCUCUUCCAUGGGGGGACAGUAAACAGAGACCAGGUUCUAGAGCAGCUACGGGUUUGCUCUGUUGAAGACCAGGUUUUUGAUGUUGUGGGCAAGAACAAGGCCAAGCUCACAGUGAACCAUGUUGGCCUGGCUGUGGGGAUGCUGUGGGAGUUUCAGAAGGAGAAACCAGAAGUUCUCAGGACUGUCAGUCUCAUCAAGAACCAUCCACAGUUUUUGACUCUCAGGGUUUUGGCUGAGAACAAAAUUGCUCUUAUGGAUGAUUCUAUGUUGGUCGACAUGCUUUACAGAUUCCUGAGAUUUAAUGUGGAUCCACAUGACUCUCUUGUUCAACAAAUGGUUUCAGAAGCAUGGCUCAGGAUCGACAGAUUUCAGAUGGCAUCCCUGUCCAAGCUUGCCACCUGUCUAAACGAUCAAUACCUUCAACACAGCCCUCUGAUGGGACACAUCACUAAUAUUCUGGAUCAGAGGCUGUCGUCUAUUGAUGAUGUCAGGAUCCUGUCCACACUGAUGAUAAGUGUGUCUUCUCUGGUGUCCCCCCGGCUUCGUGACGCCCUCAUUACUAGGGCCGACAUUCUGCUGGACACCUUAAAUAGCUCACAAUUUAACAACCCAAGGAGAGUAGUGCAGUUCCUGCGCAACAUAAAGUACAGCCACCGGCCUCUGCUGGAGAAGUGCAACAAGAUGAUAUUGUGCAACGUUCCCAAUAUGGACGCAGAGAACAUCAGCGUCAUCAUGGGGCUGUAUCAGUCCCUGCAGUUCAACAACUGUGACUUCAGGCUGGCUGUGAAACAAAGACUUAUAGAGAUGAUUGACUCCAGUACAGAUCCUGUCUCCUUCACCAAACUGUUUGUCGCUCUGGCUCCGAUGGCCAGUCAGGAGAUCAGAGAAGGAUUGGAGAACACCGCCCUCCUGUAUGCUGAUGAGUUUAGCGCACACCAGGCUCUGGCUGUAGGUGACACUCUGGAGGAGAUUCAGAGCAGGAAUCUUAGCUUAAUCAACAAAAUUGCUUCAAUAAUCCAAAGAAACCUCCACGUCUACAAGCCAGUGGAAGUGGCCAGAAUCACCCAAGCCCUCUUAAUGUUGCAAUACCAGAACCCUGAACUCUACAACAAACUAAGAACUAUUUUGAUCAACUUUUUGCAAAGCAGCGUCUUCCCCUGUGAGGUCACCAUGCUGACCCGAGUCCUCUCCAUGCUGCCCUGCCCACGACUCGACGAGGGCGUCCUCUCCCGGGUUGAAGCGGUGGUGUCACAGUGCAGCCUAAACGACCUGAACACCAUAGCUGUUGUCGUGGCCAAGUGGGUGCGGAAUGACCCCUCCUACCACCACAACACUCCCAGCAAGUUUGUCCGCCUGCUGCAGACCCUGAACCGCUGCGGGCACCAGAGGCUGCAGACGGCUGACCGGCUUGACCUGUUGAUGGAGGAGCUCAAGUACCUCUCAGGGGAAUGGUUUGAGGAGAUGCUGGUGGAGGAGACGAUGGUGACGCUGAAGAGGAUGAUGGAUCAGAUGAACUGGAGCAAUUUGCCUGACCUGACCUUCUUCUUAACUAGAUUAAAUCACCUGAACCCUCCUUUAAUGGAGCAAAUCGCCAGUGUGGCCAUUAGAGACAUUGAAAAGAUUCACCCCACCGCAUUAUAUGCCAUCAUGCUACCUUUCUCUGUGCUAAAUUAUGAUUCUGUAAAAGCAGACGAGUUGUAUGACGUUUGUAUACAGCGCAUCACUCCUCAUAUCAGCACCUUUGACCCACAUCUGUUGGUCCUCCACACAUAUGCCUUUGCUGUGGCUGACACUUUCCCUGAGGAACUCAUAAGACAAAUCUUCAAUAUAGACUUCCUGGGAAAGCUGGAUGCUCAACUAGAAACCCUGCCCGAUACCCUCAACAUGAGGACCAGACUACGUCUCAUGGAGCUCAAUCGUGCCGUAUGUCUAGAGUGUCCUGAGUUUCAGGUGCCUUGGUUUCAUGAGCGCUACUGCCAGCAGUUACAAAAGAAAGGAGGUGGCACCCUCAGUCCAGCACAACAGCAAAUCCACAGAAUGCUGGGUGAAGUUCUUGGGGGAAUAAACUGUGUUAGAGGAGCAGUUAUCACUCCAUAUUAUUACACAAUAGACUUUGAAUGCAUUCUGGACAAAGACAUGCACCCGCUGCCUUACAACGAGCCGAGUACUCUGCAGAUUUCAGACAUAGGAAAGGUUCACUGGGGGCCAAACUCACUGGAAAGCAGUGGGAAUGAGCUGCCACCUGGAGCUCAGCGAGUUGCUGUGGACUUUCUUGAUUCAAAGUUAUUCUGCAAGAACCAUCACCAUAUGAAAGGCGAAGCCCUGAUGAGAAAAAGACACCUGGAAAUUCUGGGAUACCGCGUUGUCCAGAUUCCUCACUUUGAGUGGAACUCCAUGGAGCUGUCAACGCAGGAUGCUUGGAAGGAAUAUCUGAAGAAGAAAAUAUUUGGAGAGCUCUCUUCUUGAAGGCCUUAUUUACUGAACUAUGAAGGAUGUUACAUUCAAAACUGAGCUUUAACAUUUCCUAGGCCAAAACACUUAAGGGGCUGGGAAAAAAAAGAUAUACAUCAAGUGUUCCUUAGGUUGACAUGAAUCUACCUCAUUCAUGAUGAAUGAGAUUUUGUAUUGUGUGCUUUUGUAUGAAAAUUAGUAUUUUAAAUAAAAUACAAACCUGCA